AUGAAGGCAGUCGGCGCUCGGGUUCCUAACUCGCGCGGUGUCGGGAGAAGCCGCCCCUUCACCUGCACUGCCGCUUCCGACCGGGAGGCGAUCGGCCGGGUCCCCCGUCCAAGGCCCGACUUCGGGCCCUCCCUGCUCCCUUGGAGCCGAUACCCUCUCGAGGAGGGGCUAACCAGCCCCAGCCAGUUUGCUUUGGAAUUAUCCUCCAGACCUCUCCCCCAGUGCCCAGCCCAGAAAGGGACCAACCCCACCCAGGGGAGCUGUUCCUUUGAGAAGCAGGACCCACCUCCCCAGCCAGAGCAGGGAUCAGACAGCUCUUGGAGGCUCAUCACAUAGGCAGCCAGAGAGAGGAUGGAUUUCUGCCACAGCCCUGUGACUUCUUCCGAGCUGAAUUUCUCCCGCCAACUGCACCCUCCACCCUGCGGGGGCCACGGGCCCCCCAAACCCAGGCCUGCCCUCAUCUGACCAAAGGCAACCAGAUCUGCUGCAGCUGUUCAGGGAGAGAACAAGCUCUCCCAGAA